CACAGCAGCCUGAGUGUGAAUAAAUCCAGAGCAUUAAAGAAGCAGAACUUCAACACCAGGCCUGAGCAGAGCAAAGCCAACAAAGGUCGAUCCUGUUGCUGGUUUGGGUUCAAACAUUUGGCAGCAUCCAUCCUAUUUUCCUUGGCAGAUUUGGCUUUGAAAACAGAUCAAGUUCCACAUUGCAAAGUCUGCUUUAAAAGAUAAAGUCAUGAGCUUCUUUAAGUCAAGGCCAAAGAGGCUCUGUGAUGAUGUUAAAGCUAACAGCAAAAAGGUGGAGCCACAGAUGGGACCUCUUCCUGUUUACAGAGUUCCUCUGAAAGAGGAGAAAAUCGAAAUAAAUGGAUGCAGGUUCUUCAGUUUUACUGCCAAACAGGCUACUGCCAAAGAACAGAGUCGCACCAUCAUGGUUCUUGGAGCCAGAGGUGCUGGGAAGUCGACUCUCAUUAAUGGGAUGAUUAAUUACAUCCUUGGUGUUAAAUGGGAUGACCCGUAUCGUUUCAGCUUAGUGGACGACGGUCAAACACAAUCCCAAGCUCACAGUCAGACUUCUGAGGUCACUGUGUACAAACUCAACCACAGGGAGGGGUUUCAGAUUCCCUUCUCUCUGACCAUUAUAGACACUCCAGGCUUUGGAGACACCAGAGGGAUCGACAGAGACAAGGAGAUCACAGAGCAGCUCCGUAACCUUUUCACAAGUAAAGACGGAGUCACUGAAAUCAAUGCUGUGUGUUUCGUAGCUCAAGCUGCUUUAGCUCGUCUCACACCGUCACAGAAGUAUGUCUUUGAUUCUAUUCUCUCAAUCUUUGGCAAAGAUAUAGCAGAAAACAUCAGGAUCCUGGUAACUUUUGCAGAUGGUCAGAAGCCACCGGUUCUGGAAGCCAUCAAGGCUUCAGGCGUCCCAAGUCCUAAAGGCAAAGAUGAUCUUCCUGUUCACUUCAAAUUUAACAACUCAGCUUUGUUUGCUGACAAUAAAUCCUCCUCAUACACACAGAGUGGGGACGAUGACGAUGAAAACUUUGACCAGAUGUUUUGGAACAUGGGAACAAAAAGCAUGAAAAGGUUUUUUGUUGCUCUAAGUCAGAUACAAACCCAAAGUUUGAGUUUGACAAAUGAGGUCCUGAGAGAAAGAAAACAGCUGGAGGUUACAGUAGAGAGUCUGCAGGGUCAGGUUCGACUUGGUUUAGCCAAACUGGAGGAGAUCAGAGAGACGAGAAAACAAAUCAAGGACAAUGAGGCAGAGAUCAGCAGAAAUGAGAACUUUGAGUUUGAGGUCACUGUUAAAAAACCCAUACAGGUUGAUAUCUCUGGUUCUGGGAACUUCAUUACAAACUGCCAGCAGUGUCAUGUCACCUGUCAUUACCCUUGUGCGUACUCAAAUGAUGCUGAUAAAAAAAAAUGUGCAGCAAUGGAUCGGAAUGGAUACUGUACAGCAUGUCCAAAGAAAUGUUACUGGAAUGUACAUUUCAACCAAAAGUACAGGUGGGAUUACAGAGAUGAGACAGAGAAACGAACAAUCAAAGAGCUGAAAGAGAAAUAUGAUUUGGCCACAGAAGGGAAAAUGACUGUUGAGGGAGUGAUGAGAAAACUAAAGGAUGAAUAUAAAACCAUGCAGGAUGAGGUGCAAAAAUUAAUGGAGAAAUCAGCAAAGUGUCUGAACAGACUGAAAGAGAUAGCACUGAAGCCCAACCCUCUCUCCACUCCAGAAUACAUCGAUAUGCUGAUUGAAGGAGAGAAACAAGAGGGAAAACCAGGCUGGAAAAAGCGAAGAGAGUCCCUGAUGCAAAUGAAAGGAAAAGCAGAGUUAAUGGCUAAAGUGGGAAAAGGAGAUAAACCUCUCCUCAAACAGGAAUCGCUGGAUGUUACGUCCUAAACCAGCAGGUCUCCCCACAGGAAUCUAGAUUUGAAUUCUGCAGCAUGGUGAAUACUCUGCUUGCUUUGGUUUGUUAGGUACGAUUAGUAAUAUAUGUUAUAUUAUCAUUUUAACACCAUUGAAUGAAUUUAGGGAGGCUGCCCUCACCCAUUAUUAUCUUUUGGACACUUUUUGAAACAUCAGGACAGAUUCAAUGAAAUAUUUCCGUAUGCUUUAUGUAAUCACAACGUUUCAGUUACUUUAUGAGGAAAAGCAUCAAAUAUUAUUUAGGAAGUCAGAACAUCACCAGAAUAAUUCCUCAUGUUGGUUUGGUCUUAACCUUCCACCUCUCCCAGUUAACUGAGAUGUUAUGUCUCCAAACAGCAAUGUUGGAAAAAACCUAUUUUAAUCAGUAGGAAUACAAGAAAACCUUUUAACUUUUGAACUUUUACCUUCUUUUUUUCCUUCUGAAAAGUAUCUGUUGCUGAAUGCUCAGCCUUCUUUUUUUGGCUUAAUCUUCUUGGUUCUUUUUUAAUUAAAGUUGACAAGAUAAAAUCAGCUGAUAAAAUGUUUCUGAAAUUUUGAUGUGAAAUCUGUUAAUGUUAAAACAUAAUAUUUUCCAUCCAUAUCUCCCUGCUGGUAGUUUUGUUGGUGGGAACAUGG